AAACUAUUUGGUCAUGAAUCAUAUGUUGAUUCGUUUGUUGAAUCGAUGGAGAAUAAUUAUAUACUCUCUGGCUCACAUCCGUGGAAAAAUUCAUGUAUGGAGGAGAAUUUUAUGGAGUUAAUUACUCAAGUAACAUGGGAGGAUAAUGUAAAUUCUUUGGUGAAUUCUCACUUAGAUUCACAACCGUCAGAAAAUUCAAACAUGGAAGAUAGUCUGAUGGAGUUAAUUGCUCAAGACACAUUGGAUCAUACUGUAAAAUCUAUAGAUGAUGAUGAUGAUAACGAAGAAAUAAAACGAAACGUUGCGUGUUGGAACAAUGAUUUUUACGAUGAAAAAAGAGCAUUAGAAGUAGAUUUAAUAACUCUCAAGGCGAUGGAAAAGUAUGAAAAAAAAUUGAAAAACAAAAAUAAAAAAAAUUGUUUACAAUGAUUGUUCGCGCCGAGUAUGAUAGCUGCACUGAUUGGGUGUAAUCAGGUGGUAGUGCUUGUGCGCUAUCAACUGUUACGACGCCUUAUCAGUUUAGUACCGUGUUGUUCGGUCGGUCUUUUUUGUUUUUUAUUAAAAAUGUAAUGUGUUCCUGUAGUAGUAUUAUACAGUUUUUAGUUUAAGUUACAUUGGUUUUCAUUUGAAUUAAUUGUUGUUUUUUUGUAUUAAUCCAAUAAAAACUUUGUUCAAGUUUCGGUUUAAAAUACAUUAUUCAUAUCAUUAUUUGAGGACUUAU